AUGAAGGUCGUUAUUGCAGGAUCAACCGGUUUCGUCGGCCAAGAAGUAGUCCGCCAAGCUCUGCUCCACCCUCUGAUCACGAAAGUUGUCACCCUCUCCCGUCGCGACCACGAGCUCGCUGAAGAUCUACGAACCCCCGAUAUCGAGGAGAAAUUUACGUCCGUCAGUUGUUCCGACUUUAAAAGCUAUCCUCAAUAUGUCAAGGAUGAGAUCUCUGGAGCAGACGCCUGCAUCUGGCUUAUUGGUGUCACUCCUGCCAAGUUGAAGCAGUAUACUUGGGAUCAAGUCCGCAUGAUUUGCUAUGAGUAUGCACUUUAUGCGGCUGAUACCUUUGCCAAGCUACCGCGCGAAGGGAAACCUGAGCCUCUGAGGUUUAUAUACGUGAGCGGUUCCAACGCUGAGCGCGAUCCUGCAAAGAAACCAUGGAUCCUGGGAGACUACUGUUUACUUCGUGGCCAAGUGGAGAAGCAAAUCCUUGAGCGUGCGCAAUUGUCAGACGGAAGAAUGCAGGUGCUCGUCACCAAAUCUGGGAUGAUCACGGAUCCAGAUAUGGGCAUUGUAAAGCAAGCGUUCCGAUUCUUCUCCCACAUGAUUGUCAGCGUCCCCAGUAUCGGACGGGCUGAGAUGACUGCUGCGCUAUUGAACCAAGCAGUAAAUGGAUUAAACAAAGAUACCUUGUCGAAUGCGGAAAUGGCGGAGAUUGGAAAGAAGGAGUUGGUCAAGCUGGGGUAA